CAGUCGACAAUCGAUAGACCACAGUGCGAGAGGGCUCAAGAUYCUGCCAUCCAUAUUACAACAAUAUCUUCUAUUUUCGAUUUGUGUUACUGGCCAUCAGACRCCAUAGUUCACAAUCUAAUUCCAGGCCGCACCAGCACACCGAAGAAAAAAAGGAAGAAUGUCUCGUCUCAAAACAUCGCGAAACAAUGAAAGAAAAAUGGGGGUUCUGGAAAUGGAAACGGAAGCGGAAAUGGAAUCCCUGGUACCCGGCGGAAAUACAAGGAACCCUGGUGCAAGUGAUGACGCGGUCACAUCCUGCGGUGGCAUGACCAAUAACCAAAGCAGAUUCCUCACGGUGUUUUUCGUUUUGGCGGCCAUGGUAGGAAUGUACCUCUCGGCCGUCGACAGAAGCGUGAUCGAGGCCACCAUGGGCGUCRACGGAGGACCCAGCGGCUCGGACCAUGUCGAAAAGAAGGAGAAGUUCCACAAGCCCGGCGGGAGUUUUGGUGGCAUCAAUAACCUUGCCCAUCCCGGUGGGGCCAAGGCCGCAAAAAAUGGACAAGGCAUUGCCUUUGCGGACAUUGUCAUUCCCAAGUCGAACGUUGGGCACGCAAUCCCCAGUGUGAAUCGACCGAAUAUUGUCAAUUCCUGGGGCCACUACGUUCACGACGAGCACCGCUCCCCGUAUGCAUCCCACCUGUACGACGCCACCCAGGAAGAGCUGAACGAGCGGCAGCAAAAGUACGUGGAAAAAAUGAAAAAGGUCCGCGAGGAAUGGGGUGCAUGGGAUUUCCGCGAUCCACGAGACGACGAGAAUGGCGACACAACUACUCCUAAAAAGGACUGCGGCGACCGAUCAAUCGCCGACUUUUCUGAUGCUCCAUACAAGGAUUUGGCGCUGGACGAGUUCCCGCCCGAUUCCUGGCAAGCCGACGAGGAGUAUGUCGCCCGCUUUUUGGAUGAGGCGAAAAAACUCGUCCACCGGGUGAAGGAGGGAAUAUACGCCGAAUACGGGUGGCCCACCAAGGGCAAGGAAGGUGACAAGGACUACCUGGAAAAGAAAGAAAGGGUAUGGAAAUURCACAUUUCCGACUGCUCUGGUGAAUCUAGUGGUUCCUGCAUCAAGAAGCCUAAAGAAGGUAUUGCCGUCCUAGAAAAGGUUGCCUUCGAGGGCCUGGUGAAAAAGCUCCUGCACAGCUUGAUGACUAACGAUAACUUUUUUGCGGUUCUUGSGGGUCACUCGGCRGCGGCCGGGCACGGAAAUGAUUUCCAGCAAAACCGCAUCAUCACCUUCCACCACCUGAUGGAACCGGUGUUUGACAAGCUUGGAAUGAGGCUUAUCAGCAGGAACAUGGGCAUGGGUGGAGUAGGGACGCUCCAGUUUACGGUUGCAGGUGGCGACCUUUAUGGCGAAACAGACAUUCUUGAAUGGGACUCUGGGAUGACCGAAAAGGGACCGCCCGUAGAUUUGUUUAACAAGCAAGCGGUCUUGAGCGGGGAGCGUGUCCCGAUCAUUAUGAGCGACUUCCAUUUCAAUAUCAUGAAAGAAACCAAUGGAACGGCGUGGAUUGGAAAGUACAUUGGGGGCUUCGAGAAAGCAAUYGUYGAGGACACGACGUACGAGAAUGCUGCCAGCCAGCCGUACGCGGCGCGAUGGAUAAACGAGAAGGAAGAAAAAUACAACGCCAUUUGCUGGGAACCACGAUCCGAUUUUACGCCCGAGAAAAACCAAAAAAACAAACCMGGUUCACAGGUAAGCUGGCACCCGGGACACAGAUGGCACCACUUUUUGGGACGGCGACUUGCAUUGGUGCUCUUGGAAGCCCUUACCGUUGCCUUUGAGCGAUGGGAAGAGGGCAUCGCGAAGGAGGGGCUUCCAUUGGCAACAUCGUAUUGGCACGUGGGAGAGUCGUACAAGGUGAUUCGACAAAAUCUUCGAACUCACAUUACGACUCCCAAAGACGGCAAAAAGGACAAUGCUCGAUCCGAAUGCGAAAAACUAAUACCUUGGUUGCCAAGGUUGUGUCGUGUCCAGAUGCAUGGUAAGUUUAUAAUUGGGCUAUGCGUUGUGAUUUUUGGCGUCUGCGCUUUUUUCUAAUGUGAAAUGACAUGCUAUCCCUCCUCAACAAAAUUCUGCAGGAUUCGGAAUGUGGACCCCUCGAGCGCAUGUGGACUACGAUCUGCUUAACAUCGUYCAUGAAGCUCCCAACGGAUAUAAGCCGGACUACAAAGAGAACAAUGCAUACGACGGUUUUGAUCUGUUGCCACUGAACCAAGCUAUACCGGACGGCGAAAUCGAUGUCCACGCUAUYGCGAUUGCUACUACAAGCGUUCCCCCAGAUUUGGAUCACACCUGGAUCGAGGAAGAUUCUGCCGGUGAUCUCACCAACGCGGGCGAUCUUCCGGAAAGCACCGAAGCUCCGCCACCCACCCGCCGUUGGUUGCGGGAGGCUUCCGAACUCGGCUUCCGAAAGGCUGCCRAACUCUUUCCACCAUCAACCGUCGUGAACAGCAGAAUUUUGUCCGCAGAAAAGRAGAAGAAUUCGGUUGCAGCUACUUUCGAGACCCUGCAGCUUCGCAGGGGGUUGGAUGCAGCCGCACCAGAACCAGCUGCUACUAGUGCGAUUGUGCCGGGACGUGGUUGGGAAGUAGGCGGUGGAUGGACUACGUUGAAGGGUUACUGUGAUGGUUCGGCCCAAAGUGAAUGCCACCGAAACGCAGAUAACGACUGUUUGUUGAGUGGUCAUAAUGAUAUGCAUUUAAAUUUAUGGGGGGACGCUAUGAGUGGAUGGUUGGUUUUUACUGUUCCAAAAGUACGUGAGGGAAUAAUAUUGGCAAGGAUGGAAUGGUGGUGYGGAAGAAAGGAGGGAACCGAUUUGACGAGAGAAUGGACGGAAGUGAAUGGUGGUAUGACAGACGACACGACGCCAUGGAAUCCUAAUGAUCACAGAGHGAUGGCGGCGUCCAUUAGCCCUGCGUCAGAAGACGAACAACAACGAGAACGGAAGCUGAAAAAACCGACAUUGGAUCAGUUAGUCCCAUCUGACUUUGAAAUGGAUAUUGCUAUCAACGGUGUUAUCACCACGAUGAAGAGAGAAGAAUGGAUCGUAUACACGAAAGAGUUCACCAAAAAUGCUGCCUUUUGGCCGUUGCUCAACGACGAAACCAUGGCCGAACGGGAUUGGRAYGGAGAACCUGUUGAGGUUGGUAUUCGCUUUCGAUCGGAAUUGAUGCCCAAGCAAACAUACUGCGUCUCACACGUAUACUACGCAUAGGAAAUCUAGGCGGUACGAAACAACUGAGCGCAUGGACGCCCACAUGAAUUGUUCACUCAUGUAUAUCAGAAAAUGAAAUAUUCUUUUCACAUAAUUAURAAUUUUGAUCUUCAUCACC